AUGGGCGCCUAUCUCUAUAAGUGCCUAUCUCUUUGGGCGCCUAUCUCUAUGGGCGCCUAUCUCUAUGGGCGCCUAUCUCUAGGGGCACCUAUCUCUAGUGGCGCCUAUCUCUAUGGGCGCCUAUCUCUAGGGGCGCCUAUCUCUAUGGGCGCCUAUCUCUAUGGGCGCCUAUCUCUAUGGGCGCCUAUCUCUAUGGGCGCCUAUCUCUAUGUGCGCCUAUCUCUAUGGGCGCCUAUCUCUAUGGGCGCCUAUCCCUAUGGGUGCCUAUCUCUUUGGGCGCCUAUCUCUAUGGGCGCCUAUCUCUAUGGGCGCCUAUCCCUAUGGGUGCCUAUCUCUUUGGGCGCCUAUCUCUAUGGGCGCCUAUCUCUAGGGGUGCCUAUCUCUAUGGGCGCCUAUCUCUAUGGGCGCCUAUCUCUAUGGGCGCCUAUCUCUAUGGGUGCCUAUCUCUUUGGGCGCCUAUCUCUAUGGGCGCCUAUCUCUAGGGGCGCCUAUCUCUAG